UGCAAGACAGCACUGCUGCCAGACUUCACGGGUCCCCUCCCCGGGGCUGAUCAUUAACCCGGAGACCAUAUAAGGAGCGAGCGGCCUGGGCUGGAGGGACGCAUCGCGGCCACCGUCAUGGACAGUAGCACCUGGAGCCCCGCGACCACUGCCACCGCCGAGCCCCUCAAGGCCUACGAGCGCAUCCGCAAUGCGGCCGACAUCUCUGUCAUCGUCGUCUACUUCGUGGUGGUGAUGGCUGUCGGGCUGUGGGCCAUGUUUUCCACUAAUCGUGGGACUGUUGGAGGCUUCUUCCUGGCAGGACGAAGUAUGGUGUGGUGGCCGAUUGGAGCCUCUCUGUUCGCCAGUAACAUCGGAAGCGGCCACUUUGUGGGACUGGCGGGAACGGGAGCAGCUGCAGGCAUCGCCACUGGGGGCUUUGAAUGGAACGCCCUUUUUUUGGUGGUUGUGCUGGGCUGGGUGUUUGUCCCCAUUUACAUUAAGGCAGGGGUGGUGACGAUGCCAGAGUACCUGCGGAAGCGAUUUGGAGGCAAGCGGAUCCAGGUCUACCUCUCUGUUCUGUCCCUGUUGCUGUACGUUUUCACCAAGAUCUCGGCAGACAUCUUCUCUGGGGCCAUAUUCAUCAACAUGGCCUUGGGCCUGAAUCUGUACCUGGCCAUCUUUAUCUUACUGGUAAUCACUGCCCUUUACACAAUCACAGGGGGCCUGGCGGCUGUGAUUUACACGGACACCUUGCAGACGGUGAUCAUGCUGGUGGGGUCUUUUAUCCUGACUGGGUUUGCUUUUCACGAAGUGGGAGGGUAUGAUGCCUUCAUGACGAAAUACAUGAAUGCCAUUCCAACUGUGAUUUCUGAUGGAAACACCACCAUCAGGAAAGAAUGCUACACCCCAAGGGCUGACUCCUUUCACCUCUUCCGAGAUCCUCUCAAGGGAGACCUGCCAUGGCCUGGGCUCAUCUUUGGGUUGUCCAUCCUCGCCCUGUGGUACUGGUGCACAGAUCAGGUCAUUGUGCAGCGGUGCCUCUCGGCCAAAAACAUGUCACACGUGAAGGCCGGCUGCAUCAUGUGUGGGUACCUGAAGCUGCUGCCCAUGUUCCUCAUGGUGAUGCCGGGGAUGAUCAGCCGCAUCCUAUACACAGAAAAAAUUGCCUGCACUGUCCCCUCGGAGUGUGAGAAAUAUUGCGGCACCAAGGUUGGCUGUACCAACAUCGCCUACCCUACCUUGGUGGUGGAGCUCAUGCCCAAUGGACUUCGAGGCCUGAUGCUGUCAGUCAUGUUGGCCUCUCUCAUGAGCUCCCUGACCUCCAUCUUCAACAGCGCCAGCACCCUCUUCACUAUGGACAUCUACACCAAGAUCCGGAAGAGAGCAUCUGAGAAAGAGCUCAUGAUUGCAGGAAGGUUGUUCAUGCUGGUGCUGAUUGGCAUCAGCAUUGCCUGGGUCCCCAUUGUGCAGUCAGCACAAAGUGGGCAGCUCUUUGAUUACAUCCAGUCCAUCACCAGUUACUUGGGACCACCCAUUGCAGCUGUCUUCCUGCUUGCUAUUUUCUGCAAGAGAGUCAAUGAGCAGGGAGCCUUUUGGGGACUGAUCAUUGGAUUUGUGAUUGGGGUGUCCCGUAUGAUUGCUGAGUUUGCCUAUGGAACUGGGAGCUGCAUGGAGCCCAGCAACUGUCCCACAGUUAUCUGUGGUGUACACUACUUGUACUUUGCCAUCAUCCUCUUUGUCAUUUCUCUCAUCAUCAUCCUGGCUGUCUCCCUCUUCACCAAGCCCAUUCCAGAUGUGCAUCUCUACCGCCUGUGCUGGAGCCUGCGUAACAGCAAAGAGGAGCGUAUUGACCUGGAUGCAGGAGAGGAGGACAUUCAAGAAACCCCAGAGGAGACCAUUGAAAUAGAAGUUCCUGAGGAGAAAAAAGGAUGCUUCAGGCGGGCCUAUGACCUGUUUUGUGGUCUGGACCAGCAGAAGGGCCCCAAAAUGACAAAGGAAGAGGAGGCAGCCAUGAAGCUGAAGAUGACAGACACCUCGGAGAAGCCUUUGUGGCGGACGAUAGUGAACAUCAAUGGCAUUAUCCUGCUGACUGUGGCCAUCUUCUGCCAUGCAUAUUUUGCCUGAGUCCUGCCUUCUGCUGCAGGCUGUGCUUGGGAAGGCUGGGAUCUUUAUUCUGUCUCCUUUUAAUCCCGUUCUGCAGUGUUGAAGGCACACCAGCUAGUUGUAAAUUUUGCCCAGUCGAUAAAUGUGUACAUUUGUAAUUA